AUGGACAGCUCUCCCGCCUCGCCUUUGGCCCCCAGGGAUCCCAGCUCCCCUGAAUCUUCGAUCGGCGAACAAAUCGCCACUCUACAGGCCCAGCUUGCCGCUCUGCAGGCCUCGCAACCCGCCGUCGCCGCAGCCGCCGCACCCCCGGCCGUCACCGUCGUGCCGGGGAACGCCGCCACCGCAUCCAAGGUCGUGUUUCCCAAGCACGCUCGUCUGGACGGCCCCAAGUCGUUCACCAACUGGUUGCGUCAACUCCGUCUUGCACUCCCGAACCAGGUUCGUGGUUACGUUCUCGACGGUGUCGUUCCCCCGACCUGGACCGCCGACCAGCUUGCCGCACGUGACGACGCCGCCCGGGAAAUCAUCGUUGGCUCUAUCGACUCCGCCGACGUAUCGGCCACCCUCGACGCCAUCCCCAGCGACGACCUGUCGGCACCGCGCAUCUUUGCCGCUCUCAAGGCUCGUUUUGCACCGGACGACGCUACACGCACUCUCGAGUUGUUCGCUCGCCUUUGGGACUUCAGGAAGAUGCCUGCCUCCGUCGAGGCCUACGACACUUGGCUACGCGAGUACAUGUCGAUUGCUCAAGAAAUACGCGACGCCAAAACAUCGCUCAACGACGUGCUCGCCACCCACGUGCUCGCCAUGGUCCCGUCUUGCCUCGACAGCUUCCGACUCACGUUCACGGACGAGCAGCGAAACCGACGCGACCUUCCCGAACUCACGACGCUUACGGACCGCAUUCGCAUCCAGCUUCGUUCGGCAGGACUCUCGACCUCGCAUUCGGCCAUGCUUGCCACCAGCUCCCCCUGCCCCGCCUGCCGCGCUCCCGGUCACCGCCUGCGCGACUGCACUUCACGUGCGAAGCACCCGCCCACCGGCCCCUGCCGCCGAUGCCACAAGAAAGGUCACUGGGCACUCGACUGCAAGAACCGGGGUGAACAGGCACGUAGCAGCGACGACACCCAGGACGACACGUCUUCCUCCGCGGCCUCGCAACCGAACGUCGGCUAUUUCGCCUCCUGCCUCUUCGCUCGUCGCCAACUCCCAACUGACGCCUUUGUAGUCGAUUCGGGUGCCACGACACACAUGGUCGCCGACCGAUCUCUAUUCACGACUUAUCGUCAGACGGCACACACCAAGAUCGGCGGCAUCGCGGGCGGCAUCACGGCUAUCGGCAUGGGGGACGUGGCAUUCGUCGCCAAGACUGGACACCCGAUCACGCUCCGUGGUGUUCUUCACACGCCUGGCCUACACGUCAACCUCCUCUCUGUCUCUCGCCUCUGCGACACCGACCGCGUUCGUCUCGCCUUCACCAGCGACGGCAUCGACAUCGCCAAGGACGGCCGGGCCAUUGCUCACGGUACCAGGGUCAACGACGGUCUUUACCUUUUGGACGCGGAUCACACCAAGUGUCAGCAUCUUGCCUUCCUCUCACGCUCUGAGUCUCCCGUGCCCCUGCUUACCCUACACCGCUGCCUCGGCCAUCUUGCCCCAUCCUCUAUACAGAAGAUGAUUGCUGCAGGUUUGCUGGACGGGUUUGGGGCCGGGUACAGUGACAAAGACGUAGAGGAGUUUGUUUGCAAUGCUUGCCUUGGUUCCAAAGGUCACCGCCUUCCCUUUCCCGACUCUGAGUCGCAUUCCGCCGAGAGACUUGGCCUCGUGCACAGCGACAUCCUGUCGUUCCCCACUCCGUCCUUGACCGGGAAGCGCUACCUUGUCACGUUUCUAGACGACCACUCUCGCAAACUCUGGGCAUAUGCGAUCGAUCACAAAAGCGAUGUUUUCCCGACCUUCCAGACUUGGCUCGCCGAAGUGGAGUUAGAGACGAACGCGCGGUUGAGAAUCCUUCGAACCGACAAUGGCGGGGAGUACCGAUCAAACGCAUUCACGGAGUUCUGCAAAUCCAAGGGCAUUCGUCGUCAAUACUCUAUCCCUUACACGCCUCAACAAAACGGUCGCGCCGAACGUGUCAACCUCUCCAUCGUCGAGGGCGUCCUCGCUCUCCUUGCGGACGCCCGUCUGCCGGCCACCUUUUGGGAUGAAGCGGCUGCGUAUUUCGUUUAUUGCAAAAACAGGUGCUCACACUCAGCUUUGGCCAAACAGACUCCAGAAUCCGUUUGGAACGGCCAACGCACCACCGCCACCGCCCUCCACCCGUUCGGCUGCACAGCCUGGCUCACGGUCGCCCCGGACCUUCGCAGCAAGCUCGACCCCAAGGCCGCGCGCGUGAUCUUCACAGGUUACGACCUCGCCUCCAAAGCUUUCCGUUUCUUUGACCAUUCCAUCAACAAGAUUGUACUUGGUCGCAAUGCCACCUUCCUCGACGACGACUUCCCCGGCCUGCCAGUCACCACGCCCGUCGAUGCAGACGACACCGACCGUCAGUUCGUCGUUCCCGCCGACACGCCCGCCCCUGCCGUCAAGACGAGGACCCCACUAGUAAGGUCGGCGCACAUGGACGUCUCAUCCUCCCUUGAUGAUUCUGCCAUGAGCGCCGUUGACGUGGCCCCAGGGUACACUGGCGGAACCUUACUUAAUUCCACAGAUACCGAAUCGUCCUCGUCACCGUCUCCUGAGCCGUCCUCGUCACCGUCGCCCACAAACCCUUUGUCACCGUCGCCUGCGCUGUCACCGUCGUUGGCAGCGUCAUCGUCACCCUCGGUCUCACCGACCGACUCUGACUACUCCGCCGACCCUCUGGACCUCAUCGGCUCACAGACCCCGACUCGCCUUGGCCCACCGGACGUGCACCGCCCAGACUUCAGCACGUACCGUGAGCCCGCAUCGGCUGAGGAGUCGCCCGACGAACUCGACAUCAUUGGGCGUCACUCGCGCGAUGAAUCGCCGGAUGAAAUCGAUUUCCUCACCCAACACCACCGCGCCUUCAUCGCCACAGACGACGACGACCCCACCCUCGACGCCAUCGAGCCCGUCAAAUCGAUCACUAGCGACCCCCAGACCUGGCGCGAAGCAAUGUCCAGCGACGAGCACAACAUCUGGGCUGAGGCCGCCGCCGCCGAGUUCACCGCCAUGCGCGACGACUUCAAGGUGUUCACCAUCGAGCCUCGCUCAUCUGUACCGCCGGGCGCCACCAUCGUCACCUCCAAAUUCGUCUGGAAGACCAAGCGCAACGCAAGCGGUGAAGUCACGGGGCGGAAGGCACGUCUUGUAGCGCAGGGUAACCGACAGCGCGACGGCAUCGACUUCUCAGAAACCUUCGCACCCGUCGCCCGUUUCUCCUCCAUUCGCUGCCUCCUGGCUCUUGCCGCUGCCAAUGGCUACCACGUUCAUCAGGCCGACAUCGACAAGGCUUACCUCCACGGCGAGCUCGAUCAUGAUAUCUGGAUGACGACACCACGCGGUUUCGACUUCCCGAGCGAUAAGGUUCUCCGGCUGCGACGCUCAAUCUACGGUCUCAAGCAGGCCGGUCGCAUCUGGAAUCGUCACAUUGACACAUCACUCAGGAAUCUGGGGUACAAGGCAACAGGCACUGAUCACUGCAUUUACUCUCGCAUUGACGAUCAGCAGCGGCCUCACUAUAUCGCCUUGUAUGUCGACGACCUCCUCAUUGUCAGUCCAGCCCUCGACGAGAUCGAACGUGUCAUCUCCGGCCUUGAACAGCGGUACGGCGUCAAACGACUCGGCCCCGCGGAGUACAUCCUCGGAAUCCAAAUACGCCGCCUGGACGACGGUUCCAUUGCUCUAUCCCAGGAGCGCUACAUCAUGGACGUGCUGGCCCGUUUCCACUUCGACACCACGACACGCGGCACUACGGUGCCGAUGACGCCCGGCCUCUCGCUCACGGCAAUUCCGGGUCAGGGAACGGAGCGCAUUCGUUCGUGGUACCUACAGGCCAUCGGCUCCCUCCUCUACAUCUCCUUGGCACUCGACCCGACAUUGCCUUCGCCGUCUCGUACCUGUCCCGGUUCGCCAACAACCCCGGCCGCCGCCAUUGGAUUGCCGUCAAACACGUCCUUCGCUACCUUCGCGCCACGUACCGCGAUGAGCUUCUCUAUGCCCGCGGCCCAGCAAAAGUCACGGGUGUGGUUGGUUAUUCUGAUGCGAACUGGGGCGCCUGCGUCGACACAUCCAUUUCAACGAUGGGCUACGUAUUUUACUUGGCAGGCGCCGCUGUCUCUUGGUCGUCGAAGCGUCAGACUCGGGUAGCGGAUUCCACCACUGAUGCCGAGUACCUGGCCUUGUCGCACGCGGGUAAGGAAGCGAUCUACCUUAACCAACUCCUCUCCGAGCUCCACGUUUGCCCAAUCGCUGCAGCUCACAUCUUCACCGACAACGAGGCCGCGGCCGCCGUCGCUCACGACCCCGUUCGCACCUCCGGCACCCGGCACAUUCGCCUCCGCGAGCAUUUUGUCCGUGACAUGGUCAAUCGAGGUGAUAUCUCUCUCUCACACGUUGGCACAGCAGACAUGGUUGCGGACGUAAUUCACCAAAGCGCUAGGCCCAAGAUUUUUGGUACACAUUGCUAUGCUCUAGGCCUCCGGACGCGACAUCCACGGCUCAAGUCUACCUCGCGUUCGCGUGGGGGGGGGUGUGAGGAAUCCACUCUCCGCUCGGCUCAGGACUUAGGCGCGCGGAGCGAACCGGGCGCGGACUUAGGCGCGCGGAGUGAGCCGGGCGCCCCGGCCCAGGAUUAG